AUGGCUUCUUCAAGAUUCCUUUUUUCAGUCUGUCUUCUUUUCAUGAAAGUUCUGGCUAUGGCACAGCAGCCAUCAGACCAGCCUGUAAUGUUAUAUAAAGACUGUGUAGGAAAGGGCAACUACACCACUAACAGUACUUACCAGGCAAAUCUCAAUCAACUCCUCACCUCUAUCUACACCAACACUGAAAUAAACAAUGGCUUUUACAAUUUUUCCUACGGCCAAGACGCCGACACAGUCUAUUCAAUUGCACUUUGUAGACCGGAUAUCAGUCCUGAUGUCUGCCGUGUUUGCAUAAGAAAUGCUAGUGAUUUCUUGGUAAGACUCUGUCCAAACUUUGUGGAGGCAAUCGGAGGGUUAGAUAACUGUAUGGUACGCUACACAAACCGCUCCAUAUUUAAUCGCAUGGAGAAAGGACCUUAUUUUUGGGUGUAUGAUGAUCGACGUACUGUCUCUGAUGUAGUCGGGUUCAAUCAGUCACGGAUGACUUUGUUAGGUAGGCUGAGCGAUCAAGCAGCCGCAGGUGAUUCUCGUUACAAGUAUGCAAUGGAUCAAAUAGAUGUCCCGAAGAACUUUCAAAAAAUAUAUGCACUUGUACAGUGUACUCCUGAUUUAUCUGCUUCGGAAUGCAGGGAUUGCCUGUAUAAUGCUUCAGGACUUAUUCCACAGUGUUGUGAUGCAAGACAAGGAGGAAGAGUUAUUUAUCCAAGCUGUAAUUUUAGGUAUGAAAUAGACCGUUUCUAUGACCCUCCGACUAAUUCAAUCCCGCCACCACCAGAUUCAACUUCGAAUAAUACAGUUCCAUCACCACCAGCUUCAACUUCACAAGGAAAGAAGGGCAAGAAGAGGAAUGUCAUCAUCAUCAUUGUCAUUGUUCCAAUAGCUGUUUCUGUGAUUCUUAUAGUUUGCGUUUGCAUCUUCUUAAGAGCCAGGAAGCAGAAGGAGGAAGAGGAAGUUAGAGAUUUAUAUGAAAUGGAAGAUGUGGAAUUGUUCCAACUUGAUUUUGGCACUGUCAGAGAAGCAACAGGUAACUUCUCCGAGGAUAAUAAACUCGGACAAGGAGGAUUUGGCACCGUGUACAAAGGCACACUUGCUAAUGGACAAGAUAUAGCUGUAAAAAGGUUGUCUAGGACAUCUGGACAAGGAGAGCUAGAAUUCAAGAACGAGGUCAUGUUAGUUGCCAAGCUUCAGCAUCGGAAUCUGGUUAGACUCCUGGGUUUCUGCUUCGAGAAAGAAGAAAGGAUUCUUGUCUAUGAGUUUCUCCCCAACUCGAGCCUCAACAACUUGAUAUUUGAUCCAGUCAAGCGUGUCCUUCUAGAUUGGGAAACCCUCUACAAAAUCAUUGAACGCAUUGCAAGGGGUCUUCUUUAUCUACAUGAAGACUCUCGACUACGGAUUAUUCAUCGUGAUCUCAAAGCUGCUAAUAUUCUGCUAGAUGAGAACAUGAAUCCAAAAAUCUCAGAUUUUGGAAUGGCAAGAAUGUUUGUUAUGGAUCAAGCUCAAGAUAGCACGAGUAGAGUAGUUGGGACCUUCGGGUAUAUGGCUCCAGAAUAUGUUAUCCGUGGACAUUUCUCAGUUAAAUCAGAUGUAUAUAGCUUCGGUGUCUUAGUUUUAGAAAUUGUUAGUGGUCGAAAGAUUGGUGGCAGCGGCAUAGGAGACGAUGGAGAGGACCUUCUAACCUAUGUAAGUAUCAACAGUGCUUAAUUUUAUUGAUUCUGU